AUGGGCACCGUUGCCGCCGCCAAGCGCUUGCUCGCACGCAACCCCCUAAGCAGAUACCUCCCGCCGCUCAACUUCAUCACUCUCCACUAUGCAUAUUUCAUUAUCGUCUGUCUUUUGUCGUCGGUCAUCUUCUGGGCCUCAUCCGAUGCCGAGUUCAAGGUGAGCUACACCGACAGCCUCUUCCUCGUGGUAUCUGCCAUGACCGAAGCUGGCCUCAACACCGUCAACCUCAGCCAAUUGACGACGUGGCAACAAACAAUCCUGUUCCUUCUGCUGCUACUCGGAAGCACGAUAUGGGUUUCCAUUUGGACAAUCUUGGCACGCAAACAUGUUUUCGAGAAACGCUUCGAUGAAAUCGUCCGAGCAGAGCGUGCCCGCAAACUCAGCCGCCAAGGCAGCACGAUAUCGCUGGCAUUGCCACGGCUUCCAUUGACUCUGCCAAAGCUUCAGCUCGCACUUUCUUUCGGAAAGGCCCAGACUGUGCCGCCUCCAGAUCAGGCUUUCAAAGGGACUGAAAGCCGAAUUCCAGAGACGCACCCUCCUCCGGAUUACCAGGACUCAGACGCCACCGAAGGUCCGUCGCCGCAGUUCCGACGGGCCAUGUCUUCGCCAGACGUCAACACGAGAGACAAGAACACGCCCAAGGAUAUUGAAGAUGUUGCAGACUCCCAAAACCCAGGUCAUAUUACGUUCGACGACACACCACACCCAAAUGCCACGCAGGCCACCUCGACUGGUGUCUCUGUGCACGGCGAUGGAGUGGCCCUUUCAUCAAGGAGAUCUGCCAAGGCUCCCACAGACUCGGCCGAUAUCGACCUCGACGCUCGGCACUUCUUGAAGCACCGUUCCGCUAGUCGCAACGGUCAAUUCCACGACCUCAGCAGCGCAGAGCGUGAUCAUCUCGGCGGCUGCGAGUACCGUGCUCUCAAGGUUCUUGCCACCAUCGUGCCUGCCUAUUUCUUCAUGUGGCAGUUUUUGACAUCACUCGCCCUCGGAGCCUGGAUGAACAAUUACAUGCCAAAUACGGCAAGGGCCAAUGGAAUAAACCCAUGGUGGCUUGGCAUUUUCAACGCCGUCUCGGCCUUCAACAACUCGGGCAUGUCACUGCUGGACGCCAACAUGAUACCCUUUCAAGAUGCAUACUAUGUCUUGAUUACAAUGGGUCUCUUGAUUCUAGCAGGAAAUACCGCAUACCCACUGUUCCUCCGUCUUAUCAUCUGGAGUUCGCUUCGAAUCCUCAAUCUUGCGACGCCGCAAGACGCCUUCAUUGACCUUAAGGCCACUUUGGAAUUCAUCCUAAAAUAUCCUCGUCGAGUUUAUACAAACCUCUUCCCUUCCAGAGCGUCUUGGUGGCUAUUCUUUAUGCUUUUAUGCCUUAAUUCCGUGGACUGGGUAGCUUUCGAGCUUCUCAAUAUUGGAAAUUCAGUCAUCGAGAAGAUCUCAACUGGUUCUCGUAUCCUCGAUGGCUUGUUCCAAGCCCUAGCUGUGCGGUCUGGUGGCUUCUAUGUUGUACCCAUCUCGGGGCUCUUCAUUGGACUCCAGCUACUCUAUGUCAUCAUGAUGUACAUUUCCGUAUAUCCCGUGGUCAUUACCAUGCGACACUCUAAUGUAUACGAAGAGCGGUCACUCGGCAUCUACAGGGACGAUUUGGAAUCGACUUCAGAGCCCGACCCAGAGGCAGCAUCUGCCCGUCCUUCAGUUUUGGCUCGCCGUCUAAGUCGCUCUGGGCCGGUCUCUGACGCGCGACGUGCGUUCAGGAGCACCUUUAUGAGUUUCCAUGGUGUUGGUGUUGCGCCUCCGAAACCUGGGGGAUCUGGCAUCCCAGGACCUGACCAGCCAGAAAGUCGCAUCAGUUUCAUCAGUCAGCAAGUCCGUGGACAGCUCGCACACGACCUUUGGUGGUUGGUCCUGGCGACCUUGAUCAUCACAAUUAUUGAGACAUCCAAGUUCAUCAAGGAUCCUGUCACGUUCUCUGUUUUCAACAUCAUCUUCGAAGUCGUGUCGGCCUAUGGCUGCGUCGGAAUUUCGGUGGGGCUCCCGACCGAUGCCUUCAGCUUUUGCGGCGCAUGGCACACAGGCAGCAAGCUCAUAUUGUGUCUUGUCAUGCUUCGUGGAAGGCAUCGAGGGCUGCCGGUUGCACUUGACCAUGCAGUGCGGCUCCCAGGUCGUCAGCUGCACCGAGACGAGGAAGAGGACCAGCAGAUUCGGAGGAGCAGGACAAUUGAGAUUGAGAGAUAG